AUGGAGGUUUUCGGUCAAAAAUUUCCGAGAUUUGACCCGUUGCCGCAAACAACGGAUGAAACACCGAACAACCCGAUGCUGAAUAUGGAGGAUGACACUAACACAAAGAAAAGACCCGCAAAAACAACGGAAAUAGACACUUGGGACAUAUUUGUGCGAGCUAACGGAAUGCCUCCUGAGUUAUGUAACCAGACUUUAUGCGCCGCUCCAUGCCCUGGCGCCGCCGCCCCACCUAGGUGUCCGCCGGUAAUUCCGUACUGCCACAGUGGUUGUGCCUGCACUUACUCUUGUGAGGUAGCGAUUGUGUUAUGUUUCGAGAUCCAUUCUUGUUUAGAAACACGUCGAAGGCAUUUCUUUACACGAAAUCGUAGAAAGAGCACAGUUCCUAUGAAUUAG